AUGAAUGACGAGGCGCUGCGGGCUGUCCGCUGUGAUAAGCAGCUACAUUGUGCGAAUUGUAGGGAUGCAGGCGUCGAGUGCAGUCGUACAAGAGUCAAACGACCUCGCCGAGAAUCAUCCUCGGUAAUAUCGGCUCUCGGAGAAAGAUUGUUAACCUUGGAAAGAACAGUUUCAGAGGGCAUCGAAAACAUUAUUUCACCAAACGUUGCAAAUUAUCAUGACGCAGGUACACCCUCAAAAAAAAGAAGACUGGAUCCUGUGUCGCACAUAGAAGGUGCAUCUCAACUUGCUGGGGACGAGUGCGCCAUUGGAUCGACCACACACCAUGCAGAGCAGGCGAGAGUCGUUAUACAAGGAGAGCUUGAUGGAAAUGAACACAUGGACCGUGAACGGAAGGCAAUCCUUAGGUCUGCCCUGCAAUUUGUGGAUAUUACGGGGCAGAGGAGAACCUCAAUCACCGAAAAAUCUUUGCCGUUGGAAGUACUACAGGAAGGCCUUGAACAUGAUGGUCCAUUUAUUGCCCCAUCGCCAGAGCUACUUUAUAUGCUUCUUCCAGAGCCAACAGCUGCCGCUCCACAUUCCAGCUCCGUACAAUGGCCUGACCACAUCUCGGAUAAAACACUGGAGAAGAUGGCUUCGACCAUUCUCAGUGACGAUGAUCAUGAACACGGACAGUUAUUCUAUCAGUAUUGCGUAUGCGUUUAUGUGAAGGCCAUCUUCCAUCUCUACCAAAAGCCGAGAGCAUAUAAGGAUCCCCGCAUCAACGCACAAUUCCUGAAGUCCAAGAAAUUAUAUCAAACGUAUGCUUUCCGCGCUCUCAAGAGUCUCAAUUUCUUGAAUACCCCAAGUCUUCCGUUCAUUCAGGCGUUAAUAUCUGCUGCAUUUUUCAUGCAGUAUCUUGGCAACAUGAGCCAAUCCUGGAUUCUCAACUCAUACGCUGCUCGUUUGAUUACCGCUCUAGGCUAUCAUGAAAUUCGCAAUCCGGUUGGGAAUUCAAACCUCGAUGAAGAGAUCCGUAGCGCUGUGUGCUGGUGCUUCUACAUUGACCGAACUCUGAGCACCCUUCUUUAUCGACCACUGUCGCUGCCCGAGCCUCGCAUCUCUCUCACGAAUCUACUUACUGCAGAUCGAUCUCUUCCCCAUUUCCCGUUAAUACGGGUUUUGUUGGAUUUAGCUCAAGUGCAAGGAGAGCUGCUGAUUUGCGGAAUGGCAGAUAACACUCGCCAAAUCAUCGCCAAUCAUUCAAGGCUCCAAGAACGAAUGGAGGCCAUAUAUUCAAACAUACAAUCCAGUCGAGCAUCGGCACCAAACUGUAUCGCCUCGGAUUGGAUUUCAUGCGAAUUUUGUUAUUACGCGAUUCUGGUUGAUAUUCUUCGAUCACGGUUAAAAUGUACUUUUUUCUCCUUUGACACACAAGGAAUGGCACUACAUUACCUUCAAAAGAAUCUUGCGGAUACCCCGGGAUUUGUGGAUCCUUAUCCCACAUUCCUAACAUGGACUGUUUUUCUAUACCCCUUGAGUCCAUUCUAUGUUCUCUUCUGCAACAUCAUUGGAGAAUUAGACAUGGAUGACUACAAUUUAAUGAAAGACAUCACGCAAAGCCUAUCUCAGUUCGCCACCAGUCCAUAUAUCUCAAAACUGCUGAAACUUCUCGACUACCUGCAUAAUCUCUGUGUACCAUUGAUCCAAGCCAAGCAGCGUAUGGGCCCGCAGGCCAAAGUUCCUACCUUAUACCCUUCAAUGACUGGGACAUGGCAUGACCAUCCGGCUACUCAUGAAAAUGCGCAUCUCUUGAUGGCUAGAUCUCCUGAUAUGGACCCCAAUGCUGGAGCUCACCCUCAGCAAUUGCAAACACCCAGCGAUGAAAACUAUGCACCCGAUGAUGCGUUGAUGUGGCAAUUGUUUAAUAGCGAACUCUCACUGGAGUGGUUCGAGUCUGAUUCUUUCUAUUAUUGA